AGCAGCGAUGACGGGAGGUCGGUAGACUCCGUGGUUACACGGAGUGCAGAGGACAGGACAGGACUGGACGUUCAUGAUCAUAUCUCACAGGACACAAGUUGUACCUAUAUCUUAGUUUAAAAUACGUGAGUACAGCUUUAGGCGGUGGGCAAAUCCCGUAACGAAGACGGGAAGGAAGUGAACAGCGGGUACUUCGUAGGGCUAGUUGGAGGAGGGUUCUCCGUAGGUGACCAGAAAUCUGGGGAAGAAUCCGAGUUAAUGCUCUUUCCUCUGCACCCACCGCCUUCCCAGAGUCAUUUGCAGAGAAGGUGAAGAUUUUUGUUGUUGUUGAUCCUCACCAGAGGAUAUUUUUUUCCAUUGAUUUUAGAGAGUGGAAGGGAGGGAGGAGAGAGAGUGAGAGAUUGAGAGAAAAAGAAACAUUGAUAUGAGAGAAACACAUCCAUUGAUGCCUACUGGAGGGCGGAUUCAACCUGCAACCCAGAUUAUAGACAGUGUGUGAGAUGAGUGACUUGGAAGAUGACGAUGUCCCCCAGCUUUCUUCCCACGCCUUAGCAGCUCUCCAGGAAUUCUAUGCUGAGAAGAAGCAAUGUGCCUACCCAGGUGGGGAUGACAAAUACAACGUUGGGAGAAUAGAAGAGAAUUGGCAAUUGAGCCAGUUUUGGUACAGUCAGGAAACUGCUUUGUGCCUUGCUAAGGAAGUGACUACGGCUGCUGGGGAAGGUGGAAGGGUGGCCUGUGUGAGCACCCCUAGUGUUUACCAGAAACUGAGAGAGCUGCACAGAGAAGACUUGGCUGUAUACCUCUUUGAGUAUGACAGAAGAUUCUCCAUUUAUGGAGAGGAGUUUAUCUUCUAUGAUUACAAUAAUCCACUGGACUUCCCUGUAAAUAUUGCCCAUCAUAGUUUUGACAUUGUCAUAGCGGAUCCCCCCUAUCUUUCUGAGGAAUGUCUCAGGAAAACCUCAGAAACCAUCAAGUACCUGACUCAGGGCAAGAUUCUGCUGUGCACAGGUGCUGUCAUGGAGGAAGAGGCAACAAAACUUCUUGGUGUGAAGACGUGCAAAUUUAUUCCAAAGCACACCCGGACCUUGGCAAAUGAGUUUCGCUGUUACGUGAAUUAUGACUCUCAGCUAGACCAUGAUGUGUAAAUGUGGACAGUUUAUAAUGCAGAACAGGACCCUGUGUGACAUUCCCCUCUUUAUUUUCUUAGCAGGUUGUGAAGCUGUGCACUCGGUCAUCACACUUUUGGAUAAUUUAAAGUUGACUUAAAAGAUCACUCAGUAUUGUCCUUGGCUGGCUUUCUUAGUGGUUAGAGUGUUGGCCUGUGGUCUUGGGUUUGGUUUCCAGUCCAGGAUGCGUACCUGGGUUGCAGGUUCGAUUUUUUUCUCUGUCCCCCUCCUCUCUCCCUUCUACUCUCUAAAAGCAAUAUAAAAAAUGUCCUCAGGUAAGGAUUAAAAAAUAAUAAAAGAUAAUCAGUAUUUUUGAGACAUUUAUAUUUUUAUCAUUGUAAUGUAUUUUUAUCAUUAACCUGAGAUGUUAAAUAUUCAGUAAAUGUUCUUUUAAAAAAUAACCCCUACAAUAAUAUUUCCUUAAGGUUGCUAAAAAUUAACUAAGGAGGCAACACAUACUAUAACAAAUCAUGUGUAUAAAUGUAAUGUGUAAUUUAGGAAUGGUGGGCAAGUAGCAGUAUAGAAAUAACAAUUUUAGUUGGUCUAUAAAUCUAGCCUUUAAGAUGAGGGAAACCUUUUCUCCAUGGGGGUAGAGGAAGGAAGAGGCAAAGCUUUACUCAUAUAAAAAUGUAUUUUAAUAAGCAGCCAAUAUGUCUUUUUUGCUUUGGACCCUUUGUGAUUCAAGUUUUGUGUUUUUUAAAAUUGACUUUAUAGACAGAGGGCAAGGGAGAGAGAGAGAGGAAAAAAACACACAUCAAUUUGUUGUUCCAUUUA